AUGAACACUCGAUGGAAGCCAAAUAAUCAUAAUAUUUUCGCAUUCUGGUUAAUCAUCGCGCCAUUUAUAACGAAUGUACCAUUUUCAUUACUCACAGGCUAUUAUGCAGACAAGAACGACGUUUCAGAAGCGUCGCUUUUUAAUAUGCGAGGUUAUGUCGACCUAAUGCGACGAAGGCAUGUCGAUGAACUUCGAGUACAGGAACUACAAAUUACCAGACAAAUCAUCCGUGAUAAUAUACAAGAAAGUCUUGAACAUAUUAUACUUUUUCCUCUGGCAUUUUUUCAUACCCAUCUUCGCGAACAUUGUGCAAUUAAUAUAUAUUUAUUACAACACGUUUCAUUUGGAAAAAAGUCACGCCGUUUCUCUCCAUGCCGAAACAUAACCCAAAUUUCUACCGAACCAAUAUACAUAACAGAAUCCGUGGAGUUGCAUCAAAUGACAAUACAUAAAACGAACGAUCACGAAAACACCGCAAAUAUUCGCGCACCAAAAUCACAUCACGUGGAUAAAAGACGAAAUUCGAUUUCUGAAGCCACAAAACGCCUUUCAUUAUCCUCAAGAAAUGUUUCUACGUUAUUUUCUGUAGACGGAACAACACUCGUAUCUGGACAAUUUGGAUCUACCGAUCAAACAUUAAUAAUAGAAAAUCAUGAAUUUGUUGAUAGUAACAGUAUAAAUUGGCAGGAUACUGAUGACAAUUGCCCACAAAAACAAAAUGAUGAGGUUGAUGAUUUAUCUUAUAGUAUAAGAGAUUGGUUGACAAAGAAACCAUUAAGAUGCGAUUUAGCUAAAAAAUCGUAA